GAAAAAGCGGCCUCAUAAAUUAGACCUAAAAUUACAACCCAACAACCAAAGACCAGCAAACCCCACCAACCACCCACCUCUACCUCCAAUUCCAAGCUUCUCUCUCUCUCCCUCCCCCACCUCCGUUUUAAAAAUACCUUCACCUAUAUUUCUUCCCUUCAGGCUUGAGUCUCACAGUUCAGAAUUUAACAUUUCCUUCUAUAGAAGGAAGAGGAUUUGGUGGGUUUUGGUGGGUUUAAGCUUGUAUUGCUUGAUCUGCCUUUACCCCAUUUGUUCUCUGCUCCUCUUUAUCUUCCUCGAAGAAAGAACAAAAAUAAUGGGUGGUGGUGGUGAUGGUAAGAUCUUCACUUUGGCAGAAGUUGCAGAGCACAACAAUUCCAAGGAUUGUUGGCUCAUUAUGUUCGGGAAGGUAUAUGAUGUAACAAAGUUCUUGGAGGACCAUCCUGGUGGCGAUGAGGUUUUGUUGUCAGCGACAGGGAAGGAUGCUACUGAUGAUUUUGAGGAUGUUGGCCACAGUACUAGUGCAAGAGCGAUGCUGGAUGAAUACUAUGUUGGGGAGAUUGAUGUAUCGACGAUUCCCACCAAGACCAAGUACACACCUCCCAAGCAGCCAAACUACAACCAGGACAAGACUCCAGAGUUCAUUAUCAAGCUCCUCCAGUUCCUGGUGCCCCUUGCUAUCCUGGGGUUGGCCAUUGCCAUGCGCUUCUACACAAAAUCUGCAUAACUGCUGAGAGUACAUCUGGGACAGGCCUAAGUUUGUGUUUGUGGUUAAAAAUCGCCAUUAAUUUUCUUCUUUAUGCUUAGAAACAUUGCAACUCAGGGGUUAGUAGUGUUGUAAACUUGCAUAAUGGUUGCUUAUUUGUGUCCCAUUG